AUGUCUCUUGAGCGGUUGGGCACCUGUGUUCCCAUAACAGCUCUGAAGGCGUUUGUGUGGAAGGGAAGCAACUACAUAUUCCAAGGACAAGGGCCAUUCUUCCAGGUGAUAGAUGCUAUAUCUGGAGAUGUGGUUGCUCAGGCGCGCGUCUUCCGGAGGAAUAAUGUCCAUGGAUUUAUUCCAUUGACUUCCUCGGGCCUCCCAGAGGAUUCAAACCUCGCUCGGAUUAUCGUAUGGGGUGGUCAAUCCGUACGCAUGGUGGAAGUCCAUGUGGCGCCCCAUGCGACCAUAUAUUUGACACUUGCCAGUGCAGAGUUCCUAAGUCCAGACUGGAUCAUGAACGGAUGUCCGGCCAGCGAUGAUCAACCACAUACCGCGUACUUGAUCACCGCUAAUAACGCUCCUCUAAAACUUGACUUGCGCGAGAAUCCUUCUUCUUCGUAUCACACAGAAAUUUAUUUAUCUCAAUUGGCAACCAGUGUUAAGUCAAUCCUCUGUGCAGCCGAUCUGGUGGCCCUUUCAGCCUCUCAUUUGCUCAUUGCCGCGGGAACCAUCUUCGGCGAAAUCAUCAUUUGGUCUUGUUUUAUGGAACAAGAUGACUUCGCAAAUCCGCGGCUAACUAGCUCUAUUCACCAUUUCUUCACCGGGCACGACGGGACCGUCUUUGGCGUACGCAUCUCGCCUCAGAUACCCUCGCUGAAGGAUGGCAAACCUGGACGACUCCUGGCAAGCUGUAGCGAUGACAGGACCGUCAGGAUCUGGGAUAUAUCGGGCUGUGAAACCAAAACAUCCCAAGAGCCAUCGGCAUACUCCACAGAUGGGUUUGGUCUUCGAAGCACAGGCUUCAGCAUUGAUGCUCCAGGUGACCCUGAAAAUGCGUCAGAGUCAUGCGUUGCGAAGGCAUUCGGCCAUUCCGCCCGUAUUUGGGACAUCAAAUUCCGGCCGCUCAAGCCAGAUGGCUCUGCGAUAGGCUUGGUGACUCGCGGUGAAGAUUGUACCUGUGUUGUGUGGGAUCUAGCCUGGCACUCCUCCUCUGGGGAGGUGAGCUAUCAACUGAUCGAAAAGUCAUCUAUCAAAAACCACUCGGGGAAACAUAUAUGGUCGUUUGAUCUAUGGAGCAACAGCCGUGAAACAGUGGUUUAUUCUGGAGGAGCAGACGGUGCACUGAAAACCUUCAAAAUAAGUGAAGCCGAAAGUCAGGCCGAGGGAGGCCUUUCAACUAAAUCAAACGCAGAAAAGCCCCAAGGCUUAGCGGCCUUCGUCUUCGUGGCCUCAGAUCAAAUAAUCGUGUGCACGACAGAGGGAGAGCUCCACCUCGGAUGCAUCAAUCCUGGGAUGGCUGUGAGCGUUACAUGGGAAACGUUGUGUGUCUUGGACAACAUUUCCUCACCGAUAUUGAUGACGGGGAUUCCCGAGAGAAACCUUGCGUUAAUAAGUGACAGUAAAGGCCGUGUCAAACUGUACAACCACAAUUCUCGUUCGGUCGCCGAUCUGGCGGAUCUCGGCAGACGGCCCAUUGGGAUGUUUUCUCUGCAUAGCAACCCUCCUGUGGAUGCAGAAGCUCAGAGCCUCUCGUUUGUUGUUUCAUAUGACACCCACGAGCUAGCCACACUGGUCACUGCCUUCAAGCGGGAGAAUGAUUCUUUCAAGACAGAAAAAGUUGAUUUCACCCUCCCCGGACCGCGAUUUACGAUAUCGUCGGCAUCCUUCGCGUGGAACGAAGAAUAUCUCCUCCUCGGAUCAAAGCUCGGUGGCUUUACCGUAUACCAAACCCAGGGUCUGACUCUUUCUUCGUGCCCUCUAUUGAUCGAGCGCCGUCUUCAUGGUUCGGAAGGCACAAACCACAUCCAGGUGUUGCCUAACACCAAGGCUACUGGCUCCCAAGAACUGGAAUACUUGCUUACAUGCGGGCGUGAUGGUAACUUUUGUCUUCAUGAGUUCAAGCCCAUAGAUAAUCAGAGAGAUGAAAUAUCUCUCGAAACAGUACACCGGACGACAUCUGGGCUCGUGGGAAACAUCGAAGGGGCCUAUUUCGACCAGAUCACUGGUGAUCUGAUGAUAUAUGGCUUCAAAAUGCAAAACUUUGUCCUGCGCAAUGAAUCACAGCAAAGGGAUAUCGUCUCUAUUGCGUCCGGAGGAGCUCGCAGACUGUGGGCCUUCCAGCCCGGUACGAAAGCGAACAGUGGUCCUUUGCUUCUGUGGCGAGAGAGAUCUGAACUGAAAGGAUGGCGCAUCCAGAUGGAUAUGUACCAGUCACUCCGCGCUGGGGUACAUGGUCGUGAAAUAAAAAGUGUAGAUAUCUUCAAUGAUCCCCAAGGAGCUCGGUCAUUGUUUGCGACUGGAGCAGAAGACACUCUUGUGCAAAUUUAUGCUCCACUGAGCACGGACAAUGCAGGCCCGUGGGGGUCAUUCCAAUGCUUGCGUACCCUCAACACGCACAGAGCUGGGAUACAACAAGUCAAAUGGUCCAAUGAUGGAAAUUUCUUGUUUACUAGCUCUGCUUAUGAAGAAUUUUUCGUUUGGGGAACGAAGUGGAUUCCCUAUUUCGGUUUGGCUACUGUAUUAAAAGCCACUGCGCCCAAGAGUGAUCCCAAGUCAGAGCUCCGGCUUACAAGCUUCGAUGUUGUCACAAUCGAUGACUCUUCAAGUCACGCCAGCUAUCUUAUCUGCAUGACGGUCUCUAAUUCGACAAUCAAGAUAUUCCAUUUCUCGCCAGAGAACGACAAUUGUUUCACUCUUCUAGCAACAGGGCGAUAUAUGACGAACUGCUUGACGCAAUGUCACGUCAUACGAAAGGAAUCUUCCCUGAGCCUGAUCACCGCGUCGACUGAUGGGUACUUCAUUAUGUGGGAUCUGACCCACGUACUGGAGCCUUACUACAAGAUCGAGGCAUCCGCUUUGACGGUCAAAACAUGGCCCGAAGGGGCAGACUUUGAACCAGUCGAGAUCAAAUGUGAAGAUCGCUUCCAAAUUCAUUCCAACAGCGUCAAGGCGAUGGACGUGGCACUUCUUUCGGAAGAAGCGGCCGCGAUCCUGAGCGGAGGGGAUGAUAAUAGAUUUGCAGUAUCGGUUCUGCAAACUAAAUCGGACGGACCGAGCGUAGCUACUGUGUCUAUUCCAGAUGCUCAUGCAGCCUCUGUAACGACUACUCUGGUCCUCGCAGAGACCAUCAAGCAGACCCCGACUGGGUUUCAAUUCACGGUGGUGUCCUCGGGUAACGACCAUCGUGUCAAGCUAUGGUCAGUCACCCUCGAGUUCAGCGCCACUGGCCAAGCUAGUGUGGCCAUAGAGCUAGUGCUUGAUCGAUAUAGCUCUGUAGCAGAUAUCUCUUCGUCUGGCCUUCUCUCGCGAAUGAACACUAGCAAUAGUAUUCAGAACUCUCAACCUCCGACAGAUCGCCAAUCCCCAAAAUUACUGAUUUGUGGCGUCGGGAUAGAGAUGUUUGAGCUCGACUUAUGA